AUGGGAUUGAGUGGGGCUGCGGUUGGUAUUUUUGUGGAUGCUUUGUGCAAGGAUAAUCAGUUUGAGAAGGCUGCAUUAUUGAUUGAGGAGUUCCAUAAAAUGAAUUUGGUUUCGAUGGAGUAUGCAUACAGCAUGUGGAUUAGGGACCUUGUUAAGGCUGGGAAGUUGGAUAGGGCAUUGGAGUUUUUGAAGGAUAAACAGUCGGUCGAGGGUUAUGUUCCUGAUGUUUUUCGUUAUAACUUAUUGAUUUGUAGGCUUUUGAUGGAUAAUAGGCUUAUUGAGGUGUGCGAUUUAUUGAUGGAGAUGAAGGGGAGAGGAAUAUUGCCUAAUAAUGUCACAAUGGAUGUAACAUUGUGCUUCUUAUGCAAGGCUGGAAUGAUGGAUGUUGCCAUGGAUUUAUAUGAUUCGAGGGCAGAGUUUGGCCUUUCUGCGAGUUACAUGGCUUAUAAUUAUCUUAUAAAUACUCUAGUGGGGGAUGGUACUAUUGAUGAAGCAUAUCGUGUGUUGAGAAAUUCAAUAGAACAUGGUUAUUUCACUGGAAAAACGCCCUUCUCCAUUAUUUCUGAUGCUCUUUGCAGAGAAGGAAGGCUCGAUAAGAUGAAACUCAACCAAGAACAACGUAAAGACCAGAAUAUCAUGCCCAAUGACUUGAACAUGGCCAGCUUAACCAAUUGA